AUGGAAGAGCAAUCGAUUCAGAGGUUGAUAGCUUGGGGGAAAUUCCAAGGUGCGGCUUUGCCUGAAGGUGUCAGUUUUGAGUAUUCGGAUAGGAAAGGGAUACGCUGUGUCUGUGAAAAAAGUCUAUCUUCGCCUUACUUGACUAUUCCGGAUGAUCUUAUCAUAUCGGGGAAAUUGAUUCCCUUGGAAUUUCCAGAAGCUGACCACAAGAGGGGGAAUACCUGGUUGAAGUUUUUACUGGCAAAAAUGAAAUUCGGCGGCGAGGAGUGCAACAGCGAUUUGAGUGAAAAAUUCAGGCCAUACCUGGAUUGUCUCCCAAAAAUUGUAGAUUGCCCGCUCGUUUGGAAUCCACGAGAACUUUCGCAUCUUGCAGGCACAAAUCUUGGAAGUUCAGUUAGACCUAAACUGAAAGACAUUUUGACAGAAUGGUAUCGUUUUGUCAAGGAAAAUGAGGUCACUGAAGAAGCGGCUGUUUCUUCUGACUGCUCAUUUUAUAAGGAUUACGGACAACUAUCAGAUGAAUCGAUUUUCCGUUGGUUAGUGGAGCCCUUAUCAAACGGCUCAACGCUGCAGUGGUCUUCAGCAUCAGCAUUCUUGUGGUCUCACCUAAUACUACUGUCAAGAGCUUUCCCACACUAUAUCAUCGACCAAAAUGUGGAUCAAGCAUCUCUGAUGUUGUUGCCCAUCAUCGAUCUAUUGAAUCAUGACUAUCACUCAAAAGUCGAAUGGGGAUUCAAUGAGGGACAGUUCUCAUUUAAAAAACUAGACUCUAUUGAAGAGGACGCCGAAUUGUGUAACAAUUAUGGUUGCAAGGGAAAUGAAGAACUUUUGUCCGGAUACGGAUUUGUAUUGGAAGAGAACCCAUUCGAUUUUGUUGCUCUUAAGAUUAAGUUACCGCUAGAAACCAUAACAACUAUCUUGAAAGAGGAACCUACACUUAAAAUACCCACCCUUGAUGAUUAUACUAACUUUGCAUUUGAAAAACAGUCACAAAAUCUGCCAAACAAACCAGAAGCCUCUGUUUUUGAAGACGGUAUAGUUUAUUUUAUCAACAAAUUGAAUGCAUCAUGUCUAGAUCCGUUAUUGAACAUGUUCGCCUAUUUAUGCAGGGGCAAUAGUGAAUGGCAUUCACUAGCCUCAAAAUUCAAUGGUUUGCAAAAUUUAAGAAACGCGCUGGAAAGUAAACUCGCCGCGGCUAAAAGUUUUUCCAGUCAACGUGAUGAUUGUUCUAUCGACAGCUCCAAGUAUGAAGUCAACUCAUAUAGAAGACAUUGUGCCCGUAUUUACAGAGAUGGACAGCUUAGUGUACUGAAGGACGGCCUGAAGAAACUGAAAGCUAUGGAAAAGACGUGGCUCACGGAAUACAAGGAUAGAUUACUUACUGUUAAAAAAAUUACCAAAUAUGAUAAGGGGUUUUUCGGAGAAGAACUACCAGCUUAUUUCGAAAGCAUCGACCGUAAACAAGAUGACGUCGUAUUUGAAAAUAAUUUUGAACUGCUUGUUAUCUGGAUACUAAUAAAAAUCGAGAACAACAGUUUUAUAGAAAAACAUGACUGGGUAUCGGAGCAAUAUCGAAACUUUUUGAUAGAUGCAAAAAACGAAGAUAUCACAUCAGAUCGGAUGGAUCCCAGCAUUGAAUCCUUCCGUAGACGUAUGAUAAAUGGUACCACCCAAACUGACCGCACCAUCACCUUGAAAAAGAUAGUGCACACAUUUGACUUUGUACAAAAAAACUCAUUUACAAGAAUAUCAUCAUCUAACCCAGAUACAAUCAUGGUUAGGAACUGA